GCAUCAGCAGCGCCCGAGAACGCGUGUUGGAAGUCCGACAUGUAAGCGGACGACCCGGUCCGCUCUCCAACUUUGGGUCACCGACGAUUUACACCAACGAGGAGAGAUGGAUUUGUUUUUCAGUCAUUUUUCAGUCUUUGUUGCCACCAGGUGAACUGGUGGCCGCGUUUUAGGUCCGUAACACAAGUUGGGCGAGUGGAGUCUGGUCUGGUCUGGAGGAGGCGUGACCGCAGCCGGAGGGAGCCUAGCCAAGCUAACUCACAUCCUCACCUGGCGAUUCGGUUGUUCGGUUCACAUGAGCAACUGGACUGUGGUUUGGUCGCUGUAAAGGCGUCGAGAUAAUUCCAAGUCCUGGGUCUGUCUUAGCCUCGCUCACCGGUCAUCAUGGAGACACUGGCAGGGGAGGGACGAAGAGUGGAUGGAUGUGCCCCGAGCCCUCAGAGUGAGGCUGUGGCCAAUGAACUGCAAGAGUUGACCCUGCAGCCCGCCCCCAGCCUGCUGCCAAUCGGAGAGAGGAAGAAUGUCCUGCAGCUGAAACUCCAACAAAGGAGGACCAGAGAGGAGCUAGUCAACCAGGGGAUCAUGCCACCAUUGAAAAGUUCAGCAGCCUUCCACGUGCAGAGACGGAGUUUGGAACGAGCACGGACAGAGGACUAUCUUAAGAGGAAGAUCAAGAGCAGACCAGAACGGUCAGAACUGAUCAGGAUGCACAUCCUGGAAGAGACGUCGGCAGAGCCGUCCUUGCAAGCCAAGCAGCUGAGACUGAAGAGAGCCCGCCUGGCCGAUGACCUGAAUGAUAAGAUCUCCCACCGGCCCGGACCCAUGGAGCUGAUUCACAAAAACAUCCUGCCUGUUCACUCCAGCAUUAAGGAGGCAUUCAUCGAUUUCCCACAGGUGUCAGGUGAGAACUCAUCGUUUGAGGAAGACAGCAAUGACAGUCUGUCACCAGAGCAUCCUGUUGGUCAGGAGUCUCCUCUGAGUCUGGACCCUCUGCCCUCUCCUCCGGAUACACUGGCUGCCAGCAGCAUCACCUCCCCCACCCAGUUCCUCAAUCAGGUCCCGCCUCCUGCUCCUCCUCUCCCACCUGCCUCUGAGCCCGCCUCCUCUCCACUGAUGUUGACCAAUGGCAUGGCAGAACCAGCUGCUGAAAGAGCCUCCACAUCUGCACCCGUCAAACCAAAGCCAAACUCUGACCGCUCCAUCCAGAGACCUAAGAAACCAAAGGACAGCAAGCCCAAGAUAAAGAAGUUAAAGUACCAUCAGUACAUCCCCCCUGACCAGAAGGGAGAUAAGGAGCCCCCUCCCCAGCUGGACUCCUCCUACGCCAAGAUCCUCCAGCAACAGCAGCUUUUCCUGCAGCUCCAGAUCCUAAGCCAGCAGCAACAGCACUACAACUACCACACCAUCCUCCCCGCUCCGCCCAAACCCCAGACAGAUCAGCAACCAUCUGCUUCCGCCUCCGCCUCAUCUUCCAACGCUGUCCAGUCUCCUCCGAGGGCUGCUACUGCUCCUUCGGCAACUGCUUCCAAUCAGGCUGCACAGAGCCGUCUGAGUUUGGCGUCUGCAGGGGGAAGCAGACCAGUCUCUCUGCCCCCCAACCUGGAUGAAAUGAAGGUGGCAGAGCUGAAGUCGGAGUUAAAGCUGCGUAGCUUGCCCGUUUCUGGCACAAAGAAUGAUCUCAUUGAGAGGUUGAGGGCCUACCAGGAGCUGAGUGAGGGAGGCGGUGUGGCAGGAGGCGCAGCAACAACCUCCAGAACAACAAGUAUUAGCAAUACAUCACCGCUACAGCAUCGCAACCCCUCCUCUUUGGUGCUUCAAUCAGAUGGGUUCGUCGCCAGCGUUGCUGCAGCCAGCGCGCUGUUUGUCUCCACGGCAACAACCCCCCCACAGCAGCUCAUGACCUUUGGCAGUGCUGCCUCCUCCCCGCCUGGUUCCCCUGCGCCCUCUGACCACUCUGCAGUCGCCAUGAGCCCGGAGGAUACCAGUUACCACAGCGACACUUUCGGAGAACUGGUGAGAUCACCUCUCACCCAGCUCAGCCUCCAGCAAAAUUCAACAUCUAAGCUUCCUGCCACAGCCACCAUCAAAGAAGAUCUCUCUUCUUCUGCCCCAGAAAGCUGUCGGUUCUCCAGCAAACCCCGCCUGGUCUCGUUGCCUGUCUCCCCCACAAUUCCUACUACCAACAAAGUGCCAACGAUGGACAAAGACAAGAUGCUGCUGGAGAAAGACAAGCAGAUAGAGGAGCUGACACGAAUGCUGAGGCAGAAACAGAGACUGGUGGAGGCGCUUCGGAUGCAGCUGGAACACGGGAAGAGAGAGGGGGGAGGAGGAAAGGAUGUCACAGAGCCUGCGCUUCUUGUAAGAGUCAAAGAAGAGCCUCCUGACGUGUCCAACAUCCCUGCAUCCUCCCCUUCCUUUUCAUCCACCCAGCCUCCAUCUUCCUGUCCUUCACCAUCCCGCCGCUCUGAGAUGGUCGUCACGAAAGUAACCAUCAAGCAGGAGACAGUCGAAUCAGAGGAGGCGGGGUCAGACAUGACCAUGCUGAUAUCACCACCAUCUCAGGGCCUCCUGCACACUUUCUCCCAAACGCAGGAGGGGCAAGAGCAGAUUCAGCUGCUCGUCAAACCAGAGCAGACCAGCACGAAAACACAACAGCAACACUUACGUCUGCAGCAGACAGCUCUGCAGUUAGCACAGCAGCAGGCCAUACAGAAGCUAUUGCAACAGCACAACAUUCAGAACCAGAAGCAGACACUCCAAAACAACCAGCAGAACACCAACCAGGCGCCUCAAGUACAGCACAACUAUCAGAGUCUUCAGAAACGGUCUCAACAGAGGAAGAAGAAGUCACAUAAGCAGCAGCUCAAACAGCAGCAGCAGCAGCUAUUGCAAUCAUCACCACAACAGACCAAACAGCAGCAGCAGCAGCAGCAGAUCCAGCUGAAGCAACAGAUUCUGCUGAAGCAGCAGCAGUUGUUGUUACAGCAACAAGUUAAACAACAGCAACAGCAGCAGCCCAAACAGCAACAAGUAAAACAGCAGCAGCAGAUCCAGAUACAGACGAAGAUUCAGCUAAAGCAGCAACAGUCUUUGCAAACGAAACAACAGAAACGACAGGCGCAGCAACAGCUACAACAGGUUUCUCAAGUAUUCAUCAACCAGCAGUCAGGUUCGGCCCCCUGCCCGUUAGACCUCCUCAGGACUGGCUCAGCCCCAACACUGAUCACUGACAAGAAUGGUAACCACUUCCUGAUUUCACUGACCAAUCACAUGACAGAGAACCAAGGGACUGACCCAUCUGAGAACAAAUUAACCAAUCAUAUUACACUGCAGGCGGAAAAGGCAGGAUUUCAAGUGGCUACCACCCCCUCGACAGCCAUCUCAUCCCCUAGUCAAAAGGAAGUCGAUGGCUGGCAGGCCCAACUGGUACUUUGCUGGGUUGACAAUGAGCCCAGGCUGGCUGAGCUGCUUGAACAGCUACCGGAGGUGGACCAGGUGCUCCGCCACGGAUGUACUGGCAACGAGAAUGUCAUCCAGGAACUCAAACAGGCCAAACGGCGUGGUUACUGCCAUCUUCGGCACCUGGUGGUAGCCACGCAUGAGGUCCACUUCAGAGAAGAUGACUGCCCCCGCCAAGUGGACGGAAAAGUCCUGGAUGAAAACACCGAGCACAUAGAGGACUUCUUUGAUAUAAUUUUUCAGACUGGAGAAAUCAGCUCUUUCAAACCAACUCCGGACCUGUCCCUGGCCCAACUCCAUCCCAGCUCACCUGUAUCUUCACCUCCCUCCUCUCCGCUCCAGGUGAUUCUAUCACCCUCCAUUCCCCCUAGCUCCAACACCCAACCGCUUUCACCACUUGCAACUCAGGAUGAACCAAUCGCCCCAUCAAACACCACCGAGGAAGAACUACAGCUCUAUAGUACGGGUAAUGGACGACUAGAGGACUUCCUGGAAAGCACCACUGGCAAGCCUCUCCUGGGUGUGGAGCCUGGUGGCCUGCUAACUUUGAUUGACGACCUCCACAGCCAGAUGCUGAGCACCCCUAGCAUUCUGGACCAUCCCCCUUCCCCCAUGGAUACCGAUGACCUGGGCUAUAACUCUGUUGAACCUCCUGGGGGGCUGGGCUUUGGGGAGCAGAGACUGGACAGUAUGGAAUGGUUGGAUCUCACCCUGGGAGAAGGGGUGAGUGAGGAAACUCCCACCCUGGCCCCGCUGGCCCCCCAAACGCCCGCCAGCGUUUUCUCCACCGAUUUCCUAGAUAGCUCUGACCUGCAGAUACACUGGGACUCCUGUUUUUAGCCCACAGCAGGCUCACAAUUUGUCUCAACCGAGGCUGACUUUUACUAUUCGCUCAUACACACAACCUUUCAGACGCGACAACCUUACACCCAUUCCUAAUAUAAUGCAAUGCGAGCAAGCAAUCAUAUUGUUUUCAGUACUUUUAAUCAACCUGUCCUAACCAUGUAUCAACAACGUUUCGCAGACUUACUUCACCUCCAAGCUGUUUCCAUCGGUCAAAAUCUGCCCUUGUUCCCAUGAUGGUUUCCUGGCUUUCCACUCUAGUUUCUACCAUUGACGUGGAAAGGCUGAUUUCACAGGGUUGAGAAGCAUCAUAUUCGGUAAUAAUAGUUAUAUUUUGUUUAAAUAUUAAUAUUUUCUGUAAUGACAUUUCGAUAAUUGCUCAUUUUCAUCAGGAAAAGAAUGGGAAAAGGUAUGGGCAAGAGCGCAAAAUAAAGUGAACGUCGACUUGUUCCUAUUUUGUGAAUUUGCGACUGUCGGGAUACUUUCCCAAGCAAUAUCACCCGGCAUCCACUUGCAACCGCUAUGUUAGGAAACAGUGUUAGAUCAUACUGACCUCUUACCACAUUUUUCUAUAUGGAGACGCACCAUUAAGCACUGCGUUAUUAUUUGAUUCUUAUGCACACUUACGUGGCAGGUCCUAUGUCCCUACUCAGCUUAAUGAGCAAAUAUUUUGCAAACACAUCUGACAGUCUUUUGUGGUUAAGGACUCCAGAUUUUGAUCAGUCAUGACUAAGUGAUCCAUUUACCUGAUCCUCGCCUUUAGAUCAGCUGCUUAUAUUUGCUAUGACAAUGUCAUCAACGCUUUUACAUGUGAAAAUUAAUAACUUUUAUGUUUAGAAAAUAAGAACUCGAAGACUUCUAUGUGCUACCUUGGUAUUUAAGAUCGUCCAUAUUGUACCUGAACAAAAUGGCUGAUGAAAUAUACGAAGUCAGGCUAAAAGAAAAAAAUUUAUUUCACAUGUUUAAUUUUUACAUUAGAUUGCCGUGUAGGUCUUUUGUAUGAUGAGCUUCGUAUCAGGGUUUAACUCAUGUAAUUUAAACAUGCAACAGUAAUUUUUAGAUUUUAUUUUAAAGGUGGGUACAGUUUUGGAAGUCAUAGUUCUUACUACAAAUCUGCCCUUUGGGACAUUGUAAGGAAUAAACAAUAGUUUUGUAUAGUGAAGCAUCUCCCACUACAGUGGUUCCACUCCUUGGCAGUAA